CCAGCACUUGCCAACAGUGCGUAACGGAGACGUGACCGAUCGCCCAAGCGGCUAAAGAGCCGAUCAGUGGUGAAGAGGAUAAAAGUAAAAAAAAAUAAGUUAAAGUAUGAAACGAAAGCUCAAUCAGUCACUGAUGUCAAAGAAGAAAGGUAAAGUUAUUCCCGGUGAUGACACGACCAGCGGCGGUCCUGGUCAUGACUUUCUCUCAGGAGUAACUUGUCACAUUCAUCCAGCAAACUUUGGUAGAAAACGACUGAACAUUUUUCAAAGUCAAGUACAAAAUUAUGGAGGUAAUAUGAUUCAAACACUGCCAUUGUCUUCUGAGACCAUUUCAUAUAUUAUAUUUGAAGAAUCAGUAGAUGUUGUAAAGCUGAAGCAGUUUUUUAACCCGUCCGCGUAUUGUAACACGCGUUUUGUUCGGUGUACUUGGCUGGUGGAGUGUGUGAAGAAGAAAACGAAAGUUGACAGCAAAGAUCAUGAAAUUAUAUCGGUUGUGGAUCCAACUGAUAAACAUAAGAACAAAGAAUACAGUGUUAGUGAGGGUGAAGCAAAGCAGCCAUCACCUGAGCACCACCACCCAAGCAACAAGGAUGGACUCUUGGUGACUCAGUUAGGGGAACAGGAAAACCCCAUCACCAAAAUUCAUACAACAGACAUUUCAACAAAGGAAUUCUCACCAGAUAAUUUUUCUCCACAUUCUGCAAGUGUCAAGGAAAUAGAGAAUAAUAUUAUUGUCCCAUGUGACUCUCAGCUGACUCAACAAUGUUUUAAUGAGGAACAGAAGACACUCUUACACUCAGGGGAAGUGAAGACCGAGGAAGAAAAUAGAAUAAUUAACAGGUUAGAGGCGCUAAAUGAAAUCCAAACAGAACAUGAUGCAUCCCAAGAAACUGUUGUAUCUUUGGUAAAACCAUUUCCAAAGGCUCUAAAGGACAAAUUUGCCUGUGCUCGACCAUCAAGCAGUAAGGUGAGAGAUAUGAACCAUCACAUCACGGCCGAGCUAGACAAGUUGGCAGCAGCGUACAAGAGCAAGAAGGACACAUGGAGAGCACUUGGGUACCAGAAGGCCAUAUCUGCCAUCCGUCACCACCCCAGGGAGAUAACGUCAAGAGAAGAAGCUCUCAGUAUCCCCGGGGUGGGAGAGCGUCUAGCUGACAAGGUGGCUGAGAUUGUCGAGAGUGGGAAGCUGAGGAAAGUGUCGGAGGUGUGCGAGGGGGAAGAAGCCAACACCUUAAAGCUCUUCACCGGUGUGUGGGGAGCUGGACCCACCACAGCCCAGAGUUGGUACACACAGGGGUUCAGGACUCUACAAGACUUACAACUUAAGGCCACACUUACCCGCCACCAGCAGAUUGGCCUCAAACACUAUGAUGACAUCAACACUCGUAUACCUCGAGAGGAAGUGGCUGAAAUUGAAGACUACGUUCGGUACGCUGCUCUAAGCCUCAAGAAAGGUCUGAUUGUUAUGGUGUGUGGGUCAUAUCGUCGUGGCAAACUCAACUGUGGAGACGUAGAUGUUCUUAUCACACACCCAGACGGGCACUCACACCAACACCUAUUUAAGCCUCUUCUCAGCUGCCUCAAAGAAACAGGGUUUAUAACUGAUGACCUUGUAACUCAGGAAGACAAUGGAAACCAACUAAAGUAUCUUGGUGUGUGCAGGUUACCGGGGGAAGGUCGAAAGCACAGACGUCUGGAUGUUAUCAUAGUGCCAUAUGCAGAGUUUGCUCCAGCCACCAUGUACUUCACAGGAUCUGCACAUUUUAAUAGGUCAAUGAGGCUUCUGGCAAUCAAGAUGGGGAUGAGUCUCUCUGAACAUGGCCUUCGUGCAGGGAUCGUGAGACAGGGUCGGGAGAAGCUGACUGAUGGACAUCUCCUGGAGACUCCCACUGAACAAUCCAUCUUUGAGCAUCUUGGACUUGAGUAUCGGCCGCCCCACGAAAGAGAUCAUUAACUAACUUCGUAAACUUCAACAGCUCAAGAUAUGUAGUAUUAAACAGUACUAUGUGCAUUAACUAUCUACAGUACUUAAAUACCAUUUGUUAAAUAACUCCAACAAUGCUGUAAAACUUAUUACAGCAUGCUAUAUAUUAAGUCCAGAUAUAUUUUAAUGGUCAACGUUUGGUUUUGCUUUAUUAGUUUGUCGUAUGACGGCAAUAAUAUAAAUGUCGGGCGACAAUAAUAUAAAUAUUAAAAUCUGAAAUAAAUUCAGUGCACUUGACACUUGUAAAUGUGAUGUGAAAGUUACAUAUUUAAUACACCAAAAGUUUUAGCUCAUCAUGAUAAGUUUUAGAUGAUAGUUUGAGCUCUUGAUAAGCAUACUAGUCAUGUCUGUAUUACACCAGUGACCAAUACUGUAGUCAUCUUCUUAACCAAUGACCUGAUGUUUUAUCAAGGAAGGUGAAUUAUUUAUUUUUUAGAAUUAUUUAACAUACAACUUUUUACUUAUUUUUUUGCGGGGAUUAGCCCACCUGGGCACAGGUCACUAACCCACAUCAGGG